CAUUUUUGAUCGGAAAAUGGUGCAGUGGAGUCUAGUAUGCGGUCUGGCCGCGCUGUACUCCGCAGGAACAGUGAAGGCGGAUCCUCUCAAGCUCGAUAGGGGUGAGACCCCGGAUGAGUUGACGACGAUGGAUGACAACUUCCCCGGUUACGGUGGGUUCUUGACUAUCGGCACCUCGCCGACGUCUGCAACCUUGGGCACUGGUGGCGAGGUUGGCAAAGAGUCUGAUAAGCUCAACCCCGGACAGGUGCAUGCCUCGCGAAUAGAGCGACGCCUUGAGGUGACCAAGACUACAGACAUGCAGAAGCUUGAGACGUUCUUCGGCCUUGAGCUUGAGACUGACAUCACCAAGUUGCCGACCAAGUACCAGCACGACCCGGUUCCGUGGCCAGCCAGUUAUUGGCCUGUGUACGCUGACAGUAUCAACUACAAAUGGGCCAAGGGAAAGCCCAGUCCCGCCGAGAAAUACGCUACUGCAUUCGGGUACGACGCCAAGGAGUUGAUGGACAAGAUUUCAGCCAAGAAUGGUAUCGACUCGCAGACAAAGCGGAAAAACUGUACGACGGAUGCUGAGUGUAAGCCCCUCAAGGACGGAAGUGUCUGCGCCAAGCGUGAAGGAAAGACGUCGGGCCACUGCAUCCCGACAUGGUUCGGUAUUUGCCACGCCUGGGCACCGGCAGCUAUUCUGGAGGCAGAACCUGCCUGUGCUGUGGAGCGCAACGGAACUGUGUUCGAGCCCUACGAUAUCAAGGGUUUGAUCACUCUCGCGUACGAUGGCUCCAAGAUCCCGACUAUUUUCACGGGAUCUCGAUUCAACGGUAACGACAACGCCCCGAACAACACGGACCAGUACGGCCGCUUCUUCGACGACCGUCGUCGUGAUAUUAGUCCCGGAUACUUCCACAUUGCGGUGACCAACAUCAUGGGUCGCUUUAACCACAGUUUCGUCGUCGAUAUCACGGCUGGUAACGAGGUGUGGAACCAGCCUGCUCGCAGCUAUGAGAUCAUCCGACUGUCCUGGACGACGCCUAAUGCCGCCGCCAAGAAAUACUUCGACGUGGAAAAGUAUCCGUUCAACGAUGCCGCCACGAAGAUCGCCGUUGUCACCACGCGUUUCAGCUGGAUCGUCGAGUCUGGUACUAACGGGCCACUUGUGAGCACAGGGCUUGUAGACAAGUCCACCACUAGCGCCGACUACGAAUACAUUCUUGAGACUGAUGAGACGUACCAGAUUCUGGGUGGUGAGUGGCUUUCGGGCUCCAAGGCCAACCACCCCGACUUCCUGUGGCUGCCAGCUAGCAAGCCUGACAACUCGACCAUCACGUCGGUGGGUCUGCACUACGGCGAGAUCGAGGCACUGCUUGAUGAGUCUACCAGCAGCAGCGGUGACUGCAAGGCUGUCUCGCAGACUUCGACGGCUACUCCGGCCGCUGCUUCUUCGACCGAGUCAUCAGCUGCUGGCUCGGCCCCGGCCGCCUCGGGUGACGAGGAACCAGCGUCUGGUGAUGGCUCUGCGCCUGCAGCCUCUGGUGACGAUGAACCAGCGUCUGGUGAUGGAUCAGCUCCUGCCGCCUCUGGUGAAGGCUCAACUCCGGCCCCAGCACCGGAGUCCGGUGAUAGCUCUGCACCUGCCGCUUCUGGCGACGAUGAGCCGGAAACUCCUGCUGCUUCAGGUGACGGCGCCUCUGCGCCUGCUGCGUCAGGUGAUGACGCUACUCCAGCACCCGCGUCCAAUGCUGGUUCACCGCCGGUGGGUUCUGGUGAUGAAGAGCCCCAAGCGCCAGCAACUUCUGGCGCUGAGGACCCAGAGGAGUCCCCGGCCACUGAAGCGCCUACAUCUUAG